CGGUUGCCGACUCGCCGUUGUAUGAAUGUAUCGGACCUUCCUUGCCCCUCGUUUAUAGGAAACGUAGCUCAUCGUUUCCAUUUCUUCACAUUGACAAUGUUUUUACGAAGGAUCUUUCAUCAUCAGCCAUAGAUCCGGAAUUAGAUAGCGCCUUGAUCACUCUCGCACUCUCAGUUUCUGUCGCCUGAAACACCACAGCUGGAAAUUCUCAGUUUCUUUCGCAGCAAGCAGACGGGGGUCGCGUUUGGAGGUUUAGGGUUUUGAACUGACGCUCGCUGUCUGCUUUUAGUUUCAUUAUGGAGAAGGAGAACUCAGAGGCUAAGGAACGCAAGAAAAUGAGCCGAUGUGGAUGGGUAGUUGGUGCUUUGAUUGUGUUGAUUAUUGCUGUGGCUGUAGCUCUGGUUUCAACAACUGCUCCUAAUUUGUCUCUCUUUGUGCAAUCUAAUAAGCUCUGUCACUGUGGUCAGGAUAAACAUAAGUAUAGUGGAAUGGUGGAAGACUGUUGUUGUGAUUAUGAAACUGUGAACCGUAUCAAUGAGGAAGCUUUACAUCCAUUGCUCCAAGAGCUUGUGAGGACACCUUUCUUCAGAUAUUUCAAGGUCAAGCUGUGGUGUGAUUGCCCUUUCUGGCCUGAUGAUGGUAUGUGCCGUUUACGAGAUUGCAGCGUUUGUGAGUGCCCUGAAAAUGAGUUCCCCGAAUCUUUUAAGAAGCCUGCCCAUCAUGGGCUUCCAUCAGACGAUCUUGUGUGUCAGGAAGGAAAUCCUAAGGGUGCUGUGGACCGUACACUGGAUAGUAGAGCUUUUAAGGGGUGGACAGAAACAGAUAAUCCAUGGACAAAUGAUGACGAGACUGACAAUGCUGAGAUGACAUAUGUAAAUCUCCAAUUGAACCCUGAACGCUACACGGGCUAUACUGGUCCAUCAGCUAGAAGGAUAUGGGAUGCUGUUUACUCCGAGAACUGUCCCAAGUAUCCCUCUGAAGAGUUAUGCCAAGAAGAAAGAAUAUUGUACAAAUUGAUAUCUGGUCUUCACUCCUCCAUUUCAAUCCAUAUAGCUGCUGAUUACCUACUUGAUGAAGCUACAAAUUCGUGGGGCCAAAAUCUAACGUUGAUGUAUGAUCGGGUCCUGAAAUACCCAGAUCAUGUCAGAAACUUGUAUUUUACAUUCCUUUUUGUUCUUCGAGCUGUGACAAAGGCAGCAGAUUACUUGGAACAAGCUGAAUAUGACACUGGUAACCCUAUUGAGGAUCUGAAGACACACUCGUUAAUAAGACAGCUUCUCUAUAAUCCAAAGCUGCAAGCAGCAUGCCCCCUCCCAUUUGACGAAGCUAAGUUGUGGAAAGGCAAAAAUGGUCCUGAACUUAAACAAAAAAUUCAAGGACAAUUCAGAAACAUUAGUGCAUUGAUGGACUGUGUGGGCUGUGAAAAGUGUCGACUAUGGGGAAAGCUUCAGGUUCUUGGUCUUGGAACUGCAUUGGAAAUCCUAUUCUCUGAUAAUGGAGGACUGCCGGAUCAGACUCUGCAGUUGCAUCGGAAUGAAGUAAUUGCCCUGACAAAUCUACUCAAUCGGCUAUCAGAAUCAAUCAAAUUUGUGCAUGAAAAGGGACCUACUGCUGAAGGACAGACUUCUUCGCCUACAAAUCAAAUCAGCCUUUGGAAGAGAAUAUGGACCUCUAUAGUCACAAGGCUGAUAACGUUGAGCGACUUGUGAGAGCUCCGACUAUAAGUAGCACCCUAUACUCUGAAGAAGUCUGAAGAAAUAGUACAGAAAACCGCAGUUUGUAUUACAAAAAAAAAAGAACAUUGCUCAGAUAUUAUACAGCAUGCAUGUGGAGGUAAGAAGAGCAAGUUUAGGUGAGGAGUUGGAUUUAUAGAGAGAGGCAACAUUGCAUCUGGAGUUGAACAAGACAAUACUGAAGUUGGAUGUAAUAUUGGGUUUACAUUUUGGGCCAGCGAGCAUGGAGGUCCCCCAUUCCAAUAGAAUCUGCCUCUGAAAUGUAGUAUUAGACAAGAAUUUGUACAAACCAAGUCCAGUCAUUUUUCUUAACAGAAUCAUUCCGCGCCCAAAGUGGUCAGAUGCAUAAAAGUUGGCCAUUAAACAAAUUUGCUGUUAUGGAGGUAAGAACGAAUGUAUUGAGGGAGUAAUAUCCAUGGAGAAAAAUCAUUUAUGGGUUAUUUUUUCUUUUUGUUGGC